AUGAGCAACACACUUGCUCUCGCAAUUGCACUCUUUGCCCGGGUGCUGGUGAUACUAUCGUGCGACAUUUGCAUAGAGGGCACAAUCACCUGCCCGAAUUGUGGCAACAUGACCGUCCCUUAUCCGUUGAGCACUGGACCGAGCUGUGGCGACCAGUCGUACAAAGUCCGGUGCAGCUUCGGCAAACUGUUUUUCGACGCGCUCAAUGAGUCGUCUUACGUUGUCACAUCCAUCAACCCACAGUCCCAGAGGCUAGUGAUUAGGCCAUCGGAUUGGGUCGACCGUGCUUGCAUUUCAGCUGACUACAGGAACCAGGGAAUCUACCUCAACCGAAGCCUUCCCUUCUACAUAACCAGCAGCAACACCCUGGUGCUGAUGAAUUGCUCCACCGACAUGUUGUCAUUGGCCGCAGAUUGUACAGUGACAAGCAUAUGCCAUGUGUAUCUCAGGGACAAUCCCCUUGCGGCAGCCUCUUGCAGUACCUUCCCCUUGUGCUGCUCACUGAAGACGGGCGGUUCCCAGAAUGAGUACAGGAUCAGGGUCCGCCAGGACCGAUGUACGGCUUACCAGAGCUUCGUUAAUCUGGACACUUCGCUGCCUGUGAGCAAGUGGGCGUUAUUCAGGGGGCUGGAAUUGGAGUGGGAAUUGCCUCAGGAGCCAUUGUGCAACUCCCAGGUGGAUUGCCGGAACUCAGCAAAUACGAUGUGCUCUGCGGACCCCGUGAAGGCCGCACAAAAACGGUGCUUUUGCCAAUACGGGUUUCGGUGGGAUCCAAUUGCAGUCGUAUGUUACAAUAUCAAGUGUCCAAGACCAGAAGAUUGCGAGAAGCAAAGCAAAAGUCCACUAAUUGCAGGUACGUUUUGCCCAAUUUUUGCAGGUUUAACCUUGAGCGCCACUGCAGUUCUGUUCGGGUUUGCAGCUCUUUGUAUCGUCUACCGACAGCGCGAGCGCAUCAAGGAGGAAGCACAACUCAUUUUGACCAAAAUGCGUGAAGACAUCCUCAAUGCCAAUUGCAGCGGCAAAGUGGCCAAGAUCUUCACGGGGAAGGAGAUCACAAGAGCAACAAGCAACUUCUCCAGGGAAAACCUCCUUGGCGCUAGCAGCUUUGGCGAGGUCUUCAAGGGCACCCUUGACGACGGAACUGUAAUUGCCAUCAAGCGAGCCAAGCUCGGGAACACAAAGGGAAUAGACCAGAUCUUGAAUGAGGUCCGGAUCCUUUGCCAGGUGAAUCAUCGAAGCCUGGUCAGACUGCUGGGUUGCUGUGUGGAUCUUGAGCUGCCUCUGCUAAUUUACGAGUACAUAUCUUGUGGAAAUCUUUUUGACCAUCUUCACGGCGCAUACAAAUGUAAAUGGGCUCCCCUCACGUGGUGCCGUCGGCUCAUCAUCGCCCGCCAAAUGGCCGAGGGACUUGCAUAUCUUCAUACCGCAGCCGUACCGCCCAUUUUCCAUAAGGACGUCAAAUCUAGUAACAUACUAUUAGAUGAAAAGCUCAAUGCUAAAGUGUCCGAUUUUGGGUUAUCGAGGUUAGCCGAGAGAGAUGCAACUCACAUCAUGACCUGCGCUCAAGGAAUACUCGGUUAUCUUGAUCCAGAAUACUAUCUUAAUUUUCAACUUACUGAUAAGAGCGAUGUAUACAGCUUUGGGGUUGUUCUACUGGAGUUGCUGACUUCGAAGAAGGCCAUCGACUUCAAUCGAGAUGAGGAAGAUGUAAACUUGGCAAUACAUAUCAAGAAAAUUCUAAAAGAGGAAAGACUGAUGGACGCCCUCGAUCCAGCGAUCAAAGAGGAUGCCACGAAGUUGGAAUUGGAGACCAUGAAGGCACUUGGAUAUCUCGCGUCAUCAUGCUUGGACAAGCGGAGGCACAACCGCCCCAACAUGAGGGAACUAGCCAACGAAAUCGAACACAUCUUCAGUAUACUUCGAGGAGGUUAA